AUGGAACCAGAUCAGAAAGCUGAGGCUCCAACACAAGCUUCCUCAAGUGACGCGGACAAACAGCUGGCACAGCCGGUACCAGAAAUCAAACCUGAUCAAACCCCGCAACCGUCCGUCGACCGCUCAGAACUAAUUGCAAGAGCUCGCACUUUCCUAUCAACUCCCCAUAUCUGCUCGCAAGACGAUACCUCCAAACAUGCGUUCCUCGUCGAGAAGGGGCUUACGCAAGGCGAGAUCUAUUCACUACUCCGGGAAAUCCCUCCACCAGUGCCACCACGGACAUAUCCCCAGCCUCCUCCAUCCAAUCUCCCAAAUAUGCUUGUUGGAAUUGCGCGUAUGUUGACAUGGCUCGCCGGUAGCUCUGCAUUCGUCCUAUUCAUCUACUACCGGUUCUUGCUACCGAGAAUCUCCCAAACUUACCACGCUCGCCGUGCACUCCGUGCACACCAGUCCGGACUCAUGCUCCGUCUCAAUGAAUCCCUCGCUACAUUCAAGGAGAAGCAAGCGGAAUGUUUUGACAACCUACCAAAACCCAUGAUAUAUAAAGAGGAGCCAGAGUGCGCAGACUGUCAUUCGUUAGAUGAUAUUCUCGCAUGUCGCCGCAAGGCAGACAUUGACGAUGAGGAUGCUAGUGACACCUCAAACGUCUCAAUUUUACGCUCUGCUAUUGAGGAACUGACUCAUUCGAAGGAAAGUACCGAGGGAAUAAGUACAGGGGACCUAUUCAACCAUCUAGAGGCCAAGCUUCCAUGGUUGAAGGGAGAGCGAGGUGCUGAAUGUCAGAAUGACCUCUGGCAGACACUCGACAAAUCCCAUCUAUUCACUUCCACCUCACCACAAUCUUCUUCUUCCUCGUCUAUCCCUGAGCAUCCCUCUCGCCUCCUCUGGUCAUAUGUUCCUCCACCAAUAUCACCCCCUCCGCCCAUGAUCGUCGCCCUUGACACUUUACAAGCAGUGCUUCCCCAUAACGCACCAGUCCCUCCGCUCUCCAAAACUGAAACAGUACCUCUUCGCCCUGCACAACGAACCCUUCAAACACUCGCAGAUUUCACCGGGUACAUCGCCACCCAAACAUAUGCAUUCGGGACCCACAUGCGCGGCAUCGGCGGCUCGCUCACGACAAAUAACACCGACGUGGACGAAAUUCGCCGUGAGAUACGCGCACUCAAAGGUCUCGUUCUCAACAGACGCUCGUUUUUACCCGGCAUAGGGAUACCACGCACGUCGAGCGAGCCAUCAAAGCUUGCAGGUGUAUGA